AGAUGGAGCUCCAGCUGCUAAUACUGUGUCUUUCAUAGAAAGGAGGAGCGAGGGAGAGAAAGAGAAAGAGAGAGAGAGAGAGACAGAGAGAUAGAGCUAGAGCUCAUCAUUAAAAGAAAGCACCAGCUCCUCACAGACCGAGCAGCAUGAUCCAGAUCUGUGAAGAUAUACUCCUCAAACUUCACCUGCUGCUGCUGCUCACUUCAGUCUGUGAGACGAGUGAGAUCUUGACUUUCACUGCUCAUGAAAGAGGGACGGCUGAGAUACGGUGCCCAUAUGAGUCUGGACAUGAAGAACUUCAGAAGUAUCUCUGCAGAGGAGAAUGUCUAAGAGUGAAUAAAGACAAAGCUGUUGAGUCUGAAUCAGAAGCUAAAGGCAAAAGAUUCUCUCUGAUUGACAAUAAAACAGACCGGAUCUUCACCGUCAACAUCACUGAUCUGAGAACAGAGGAUCAAGGCAAAUACUGGUGUGGAGUAACAACGGGAUUUGGAAAAUCUGAUUAUUACAGAGAGAUUCACCUGGAAAUUAAACUUGUGUCUGGAGUGUUUGGUGUGAUUGGAGGACGUCUCUCGAUCACCUGCCGUUAUGAAGGGGAACUGAAGAAUGAUGUCAAGUUCAUCUGCAAAGAAAGCAACCCGUCCCUGUGUGAGGAAUCAGCUAUCAAAGUCUCAUCAGAGACAAACAGCAGUAAACGGUUCUCUCUGAGCGACGAUGAGUCUGCAGUCUUUACUGUGACCAUCACUGGUCUGAGAGAAGAGGAUUCUGGGAUAUACUGGUGUGGAGCUGUACGGAGAGGACAAGAGCGCAAGAGCAAGUGGAUUUCAGUCAUUAAUCUGAGAGUUUCUGCAGCUACAACAGACAGACCUUCAUCUAAACCAACAACAGCUUCAUUUCGCACCAGCAAACCAGUGACAGCAGAUACUGCCUGGAACAGAACCGUCACACCUUCACCCUCAUCAACAUCUUCACCCUCAUCAACAUCUUCACCCUCAUCAACAUCUUCACCCUCAUCAUCAUCUUCACUAUCACCAUCACCAUCAUCUGCAUUGUUUUUCUCUGCUAACACAGACACACAACCAGGUUUCACGGCAAUCAGCAUGGUGGUGGUCAUCGUGAUACUGACAGGCCUUGGAUCGUCACUGUUCCUUUACUUGAGACGGAGGCAGAAGAAAGAAGGAACUCGGCCCAAAGAUGUGGUUCACAGCCCGGCUAAGAAUCUGCCCGAUGGAGAAACUAGAGAAGUCACACAUACAGACUGUGAUUACGAAGACAUCAGCAGCACUCUUGAUCAUCCUGACUAUAGUACGGUCCUUUUAGCCUUCACCGAACAUGACGCCCCUGUUUACGCUUUAGCACAAUUACCCAGCAGCCCCUCUGAUGAUCUCAACUACUCCAGCAUCAGAUUCCCAGCCUCACGUCUUUCAGACAGGACCUCUGAUGAGCAGGAGACAUGCCACUACUCAACAGUUAGACCAUAACAGACAGAGACCAGGUUAAAGCCGAAUCACACCGAACUGAGGAUUGCUUCUCACUUAAACCUGUGGUCCAUACAUUUUAGAUAAAUCAGUAUUUGAGACAUCACUGAUUGUCUCUUAUUCAUUCAUAACCACAAGUCAUUUAGUAUUACAGUACAUAAUGAAGAAUUAAAUGAGUAGUGAUGGGAAUAACAGCGUUAAAAACGUGUAAAACGUGUAAAUUAGUGUAAAAUGGUAUUCUGUUUAGUGUCCUUUUCAUUAAUUUAACUUAUUUAUAUUUGGGACAGGCACUGUAUGUGAAUAGUUACUUUCACUGGUAAUCAGUUACUCUUAUAAUGAUGCAACUCGGUUACUUUUUGUGAGUAGUAACUAGCAACUAUAACUUUCACUUUUUAAAGCAAUGUGCCCAACACUGUAAACGACUGGAGAAAAUCAAUGUUCAAAUAAUAAAAGUUCAAAUAAAAAAUCUGAAUGAAAAGUUACAAAGAGUAACCGACGGGUUGAAACGUUCAUGUGAGGUGAUUCAUGUUUUUGAGAUAUAAAUAAAUAAGCCCAUUUUUAUUGACGAGUAGCCUUAAUUUUUUAGAUCCUUAAAUUGCUCUGUGGUCUUAACGUUAACAAAAACAUAUAUAUUUCAUAUUCCCUGCAUAAUGCAUAUGCACAGUUGAAUGCACUUAUCUUCUGUGGAUGUGAACCUAAACAGUGGGACAAUGGUAUAUCAGCGCAGAAAAGUGAAAGUGAAAGCGCAGCUCUGAGCAGGACGUCCUUUAUCAGAACAGUUUUUUUUAAGUGAAACUAGGAAGCACCAGAGAGCUGCGGGACAGGUACCUAGUGUUUAGUUUGUCUUAACUUGUUUUUAACCAUUAUCGCGAAUUCAUGUUUGCUGAUACAAUUUAUUA